GGGGCAAAUAAGUUGCAAUUGAGGCCUCAUUCUAUUUUCUGAAACAACAACCCAAAAACCGAGUCUUGAACAUACACCAAUCUUGCCUCCACACAAAAUGGCAUCGCCACAGAAGAUCCGCACCGGAGCGACAGACCUUCUAGGUAUUAAGCAUCCUGUCCUGCUCGCCGGAAUGAACAAGACCGCUUCACCCAAGCUUGCCGCCGCAGUCACAAAUGCCGGAGGGCUCGGUGUUAUCGGCGGUGGGAUGUACACGCCCCAGCUCCUGCGAGAGUCAAUCGCAGAACUGAAGUCAUAUCUUGUCGACAAGAAUGCGCCGUUUGGGGUGGAUCUGCUGAUUCCAAAGGUCGGCAACGGCGCAAGAGCAACAAACUAUGACUAUAACAAAGGCAGGAUCAUGGACUUAAUAGACGUCAUCGUUGAAGGUGGAGCAAAACUCUUCGUCUGCGCUGUCGGUAUACCUUCUCAAGCAGUCGUCGACCGCCUCCAUGCCGGAGGCGUCUUAUACAUGAACAUGAUAGGCCAUCCCAAGCACGCGCAGCGGGCCAUCGAUCUCGGUGCCGACCUCCUCUGUGCCGCCGGCGGUGAGGCAGGGGGCCACACAGGCGAUGUUCCAACAGUCAUCCUCAUCCCCGCUGUGAAGAAGAUCAUCAAAGGCCAGAUCAGCAAGUUCACCGACAAGGAGAUCCAGCUCGUCGGCGGCGGCGGCAUGCACAAUGGCCAUUCCCUCGCAGGCGCGAUGAUGCUCGGCGCCCAGGCCAUCUGGGUCGGCACGCGGUUCAUCCUCUGUGAGGAGUCCGGAUCGGGCGCAGAGCACCAAGAGGCCGUGCGCUCCGCCGACCAUGGGCAAAUUGUGCGGACAACCAUCUUCUCCGGGCGCCCGAUGCACGUCCGGUCGACGCCGUACAUCGAGCGGUGGAUUAGCAAGCGGCAGGAUGAAAUGCAGGCGCUGCAAGCGAAGGGUAUUAUACCUCUUCAGAACGACUUUGACAAGUUUCCUGAUGAUGCCGAGCUCACUGAAAAUGCGUUUCCAAUGAUUAUGGGGAAGGUGGCGGCGGAGGUGAAGGAAAGGAAGAGGGCAAAGACGAUUGUGGAUGAGAUGGUUGAGGAAGCCGCGGAGUUGCUUGCAGAGGGUGCGCAGACGCUAGAUAGUGGCAAUAAGUCGAAGCUGUGAUCGGCGAGUUAUGAGCAUGUUCUUAUAAAGGUCGUAAUGAGAUAAUCCAAAUG